AUGUUGGCUAUAUUUUGUUUAGCAAUCGUUCUUCCUCUCAGUUUCGCUGGUCCAAAAGAACAAAUCGUUGGUGGCUCUCCGGCAGCAACUUGUCAAUAUCCAUCAAUAGUUCAUUUACUCAUUGAUACUGCUAAAGGUACUUUCGAAUGUGGUGGUACACUAUUGGACAACCAGCAUGUUUUGACCGCUGCCCAUUGCUUCGCCCCCGGAACUCGUUCAGUUUCUGUAAAUAUUGGUACCAAUAAUAACGAACAGCCGGGUCGAUAUGUUAUGACAGCUACUAAAUGGAAAGUACAUUCUCAGUAUUCUCCUGACCCCAUGCGUAACGAUAUUGCUAUGAUCCGUCUGCCUAAGCCAGUGUCAUUCGGAAAUUGUGUGGCCCCUGCUGCUCUUCCUGCCCCAGGACAGAAAUUUGAUGGGAAAAAAUGUAUUGCAGCUGGAUGGGGUAGAACUGGAGUGGAUGAGAGUUCGACUGUCGAACUUCGACAUGUAUCGAUGCCAGUUGUUGCUCACCGUGUCUGCAAAUCGAGAAUGUCCUAUGCCUCUCUCGCAGAUCAACAUAUUUGUGGAGGUGAUUUCAACUAUGGCGGUGCCAGCACUUGUAUGGGUGAUUCUGGUGGUCCUUUCUAUUGCCCCACCGGAAAUGGCAACAUGGUUGUGGCUGGCAUCACAUCAUUUGGUUAUGACUGCGCUAUUGAUGCUGCCAUAUUUACCAGUGUUUCACACUUCAGGAACUGGAUCGACACCGCAUUGAGGACUUUAUAAAUUCUUGCAAGACGAUGAAACUCUACAUUGUACCUGACAUCUCAACUAUUUUUUAAUAAAAUAGAUUUUUA